CGGGGAGAGAGCGUUUCCUUGAAAAAGGAGUUGGCCCAAGUUUUUUAGAACCUGUUUUGGUCUUGGAUCUCAUCCUGUCGGGGUUGCUGCGCUUGAACUUAGCACGAUGAAUCCUAUAGAAGAGGGACGGGUUGUGAUUGUUGGCAGUGGACUCAUUGGAUGCAGCUGGGCCAUGGUAUUUGCUUCUGGUGGCUUCCAAGUAAAACUUUAUGAUAUUGUACAAGAGCAGGUAACAAAAGCCCUGGAAAAAAUUGGGAAACAAAUGAAAGAACUAGAAAAGACAGGAAUGCUGAAAGGUUCAUUGAAAGCUGACCAGCAGCUUUCUCUCAUUAGUGGCUGCACAGAUUUAAAAGCAGCAAUAGAGGGUGCCAUUUACAUUCAGGAGUGUACACCCGAGAACCUAGAACUGAAAAAGAAGAUUUUUGGCCAGUUAGACCUUAUUGUUGGUAAUGAUGUUAUUCUAAGCAGCUCAACCUCCACCCUUUUACCUACAAAAUUGUUUACUGGACUAAAGCACGUUAAACAGUGUAUAGUGGCACAUCCUGUAAAUCCACCAUAUUAUGUGCCUCUGGUUGAAUUGGUUCCUCACCCAGAAACAGAACCUUCUACGAUAGAGAGAACCUAUGCGCUGAUGAAGAAGAUUGGACAAUCUCCAGUUAGGCUGACAAAAGAGAUAGAUGGUUUUGUUCUGAACCGACUCCAGUAUGCAAUUAUUAGUGAAGCAUGGAGACUUGUUGGUGAGGGAGUCAUAUCUCCUGUUGAUCUAGAUCUUGUAAUGUCUGACGGCUUGGGAAUGCGGUAUGCUUUUAUUGGACCUCUGGAAACCAUGCAUCUGAAUGCAGAAGGCAUGCUGAACUAUUGUGACAGAUACCGUGAAGGUAUGAUACGUGUCUUGAGAAGCUUUGGGCCAAUACCAGAUUUUGCAGGGGAAACGGAACAGAAAAUCAAUCAGGCAAUGUGUGAAAAAACUCCAGCUGAUCCAGAACACCUAAAUGCCAGAAGACACUGGCGAGAUGAGUGUCUUGUGCGCCUGUCCAAAUUGAAAAAGGAAAUUAAACCUGAUGAUACACAGCAGGUUGGCAUUUGAAUGGGUGCACCCCUUCCACUGGCAAAUGUUGCAGCAUGGAAGUCAAAUGCCAGAACGGGCUGAUCUGCACAACUGUAGUCAAUUAAGGCUGGAAUAUUUUUAUCUGAAGUUCAGCAGCUACUUCCACUUGCUAAAUGAUAUUUUAAAGGCACAAUCAUAAACCCCCUGGGGCAGGUGCAUUGAUUUCAGUGGAUCUGAAUAGGGAUAUAUUUGGUUGUAGAUUGUGCUUUCAGUGCUUUGGAUAACUGGAAUGCAAGGCUUUCUUCAUUUUGAGCAACAUGCUGUAUUUCAGAACACUAUUUACACAGAUUAUGCCGUCCCCAGAAAUAACUAAUUAUUAAGUAACGUCAAGUAUGUCGGAUGGCUUCUUAUCAGCAUCUCCUUAAAUGUUAGCAAUAUAGAAUACUGAUGAUAAUUAUUUACGAUGCUUUUUAUAACCAUGCUUUGUGGUUAAUUUAGCCCAAGAUGUGGUUGUAUUUGCAGGGGUACAAGAUCAGGCUGGGAGAAAAGAAUUGGCUGUUUGUUCACCUGGGCUAAAUUCUGCUUAUCUUUCUAUGGGCAUCACACCACAGUUUACAAUCAACUGAGGUUAUAAAGAAAUGCAUUUGGAAGCCUGUUUAAUAUCAAAGGGCCUUACUUUCAAAUAAGUGUGCUUUACAUUAUAGUCUUUGGUAUGUUGCAUUAUUGGUGUCCGUACUGGCAAUAAAUCUGCACAGGAAGAAAUUAUAUUGACUGGAGGAUGAUGUAGUUUUUAACCUGGUUCCAUUGACCUGUUUUUCCAAUUGUAAGGGAACUUCGGGGGGUUAGCAAAGCCCAGUUCUUGAAUUAUUUCUCAUAACUCCCUUCCUUUGGUUAUCACUUGGGUGACAAAUCAAAUGGACGACUUUCAGUAAUUCUUGCAGAGAUUAAAAAUGCCUUUCCUGAAAUCCAAGUAAACAAUUAUGGUUUACAAUGCCUUAGAUUACUUGUUCAAAAUGUGUUUGAUUACUAAAUUCAGGCUCCAUGUUGGUUUGGUAACUUAACAGGUUUAUCUACAGGGUUCUAUACAGUUCACUGAUAAGAGGAGCUCAUUUAAAAAUAAUAAGCUGUGUAGGCUGUUGUGCUGAACACUGUUUCUGUAAAAAUCAGCUCCUUCUGUUUAGUCCAGUUGCCUAUAAUUCCAGUUUCAAAAUCGAUUGGAGGCACAUUUCUUGCACUAGUUUGUGUAGAAGCUUUACCUCUAACGCCUGUGUAUUGGUUACUGAACCGUUGUUUAAUGAAUUCUAUAGGAACAUAGGAAGCUAUUUCAUACUAAGGCAUACCUUUGGUCCAUCUACUACAGUAUUGUCUUCACUGACUGGCACUGGCUCUCCAGAGUUUCAGGCAGGAGUCUUUGUACCUGGAUAUACCAAAGACUGAAUCUGGGAUCUUUUGAAUGCAAAGCAUGUGCUCUGUCAUGUGUCUCUCUUCCUCUAUAAAGUUUCAACAGACAAACACAUUAGCCAUAAAUCACUGCACCAUAUGAGAAAUGCAGGGAUGCAUUUUUAAAAUCAGAUUUUCCAUUUCUGGUCCUCUGAAGUAGAAAAAUUCUCAUUGGCAAACAUUAUGACAUCAGGUUUAAAUGAUUUCUAUGAAUAAACAAAUUAUCUUUUUUCACUAUUGCUGAUCUUUUUGUGAGACCAGAAUGUUUGGAAGCCAAAAUCUGAGAGACAAAAGUAAUCUUUUAUAGACCACACCAGUCACCUCUGCAGAUGUUGCUUGCUAUCCUGUAGUCUACAAAGCUGAGGAGUGUAGUUACCUCUGGGGGCCUCCUGCAGCAUAACAUUUAUGCAACAUGGGGAAGGUUCUGGGGUUUCCUUUGUAUCUUAACUUUCCUGCAUGAAGCUUUAAGACGAUUAUAGAUGAAAGAGAAAUUUCAGCAGGGGAGACCCUGCUCAAAGGUCGUCAUCCUCCAGUAUACUAGUGGGUGCUAGGGAUAAGGUUUGCUCAGCUGGGACUCUCAGACUUUGGAAUUCCUUCCUUUGGGAGGCCAGCAUCGCCUCUUUCUUGACAUUUUGUAGAUCCAUGAAGACCAUUAUGUUUGGAUGCUUAGCUUCAACUUGAAUCACAGCCCUGUAUAAUUGUUUUAUACUUGGUUGCUGCUGAUGGUGUUUUUUGUGCUACCCUUUUAUGAUGGUGUUGUUUCAGUUGUUUCUGUUAAUUAUUGUAUGGUGCUUUGGGGGCUAUUUUUUUGCCAGGCACAAACUACACUAACUGAUGGGUUCCAUUAUGCAAAUAGCUCCAUGAUGUUUAAAACCCCAUUAUCAAAUUUAAUUGAAAGACAACUUCUGCUCCUUAUUUAAACUGUAUCAUGGUGGAAUUAUAAAUAAUAAUUAUAAAUAAAUAAUUGCCAUAACUUUAAUUCUGCUUUGUUAAAUAUUAGCAUUUUACAUGUGAUUUUUUUAAACUUUCUUUUGUUCUGAAAUAUUGAAACUCUCUUAACACAGUUAAAUAUCUGCACUUUGUUUGACAAUAAACAUCUG